GAAAAAAUAUUGAUACGCUUAUAUUUUUAUCGCAAACCACGUGGCAGGCAACGAGGUGAACGCGAGUGAAGAUGUCAACAUCGUUACCCGGUUAUCAUUCGGUGUACAAAGUGUAACUUCCGAGCACAAAGUGGUCAACCUUCGACAAUGAAGCUCAGGACAUUCCGUGUUCUGUGCUCCCUGUGCAUAUUGUGCACUUUUGCCUUGUCCGAAGAGAUCGACCGUGAAAAUCGACCAGUUUCGGACUCGAACUCUCAAGAAUCAGAGGAACCGCUGACCGCAAACAGCCCGCGGGAUAAACGAGCUUUGGGUCUAAUACUUUCUGGCCUGGCGCAGGUUUUCGGUUACGCGAUGGAUCCUAUUCAAAUAGCCUCGUUGCCUAACAGUGACUCAAACGAAGCAAGAGCUACUAAUCAGACAUCAGCUAACAAUCAGACUGCUUCUACACCAGCUGCUUCGUCAAAUUCCACUCAGUCCAGUGGAUCGUCAACUACCGCUGUUCCUGGACAGCGAGAGACGAUCAGGUUUACUGGUGUAGUCAAUUUUGGCAACAGUACAAACUUAUUGACCCAUUUGCAACAAUACGAAACGAUUUUCCAUGGGAACAGCAGUUCCACGACGUCUAGCCCGUCGUCAACGUCUCCACCCCAGAUGAAUACGAGAGCACCGACGUCGAACCAAUCGUCGGCUCCUCCUUUCUUAGUAAGAAUUCCUAUACCAUCCGCAUCGCAGCCACCCUUACCGCCUAUGCCUCAACCACCUUUACCCGAGAUUCCCCCGCAGGAUAUUAUGCUAUCGUAUCCUCGGCCGCUUAUUCCGAUUCAAUUACCGGCAAUUAGUACCCAACCACCGCCAGCAGCUAACAACCAAUCAGCGGUGAUGAUGAAUACCCAACGGCCAGUAGUCAUGCGACAGAACAUGACGGUAAGACUGACGGUGGAGAGUAAAGAAAUGAAUAAUCCAAAGGAUAUUCAAAAGCCGCUUCCGCCAACCUUCUCUCCUUCUACUGAAGAACAGUGGAAGGAGGAAUAUGAAAAUAGAUUAGCAGAACUGGAGAGGAAGCAAGAGGAACACGCGAGGAGGUUGAUGGAACAGGAAUUGUACAGAAACCAGCAGCAGCAAGAUAAUUACAGUAAUGAGGAGGAUGAAGAAGUUUUUAGUACUCGGAAGCCGGUUCCUAAAUGCGAAGAACAGAAUGUAUCGUCGGAAGAAGAAAAUGACUCAAAGGGAAAGGAUGAAUUUUCGAACAGCGAGAAAGUGAGGGAAUCUGAAGAAGAAGAAGUACAAGGGAAGUAUUAUAAUAAGGAUGUUGAUAAUGCUAAUCAGUAUGAGGAUGCACCUCAAGUUAGCGAGAAUUAUACAAGUAUACAGUACAGUGAACCAUUACCGCUCAGCGAGGAUGAUGAGCGGCGGCCUGAUGAACUUCGCAAUAGUUACGGACAACCGCUGCAUAAUAGCGAAUUGUUCGACAAUGGAUUCGUGAACUAUUUCGAGAAGUUCGCGAAGCCACUCACUGACUUUUACAGUUCGCCUGAGUCACCGAAAGAAGAGGAAAACUCGGAAGAUUCUCGUGAGGAAAACGAAAGAAGUGGAGAAGAAGAGGACGUACCUGCCAGAAACAGAUAUGAGGAAUAUAAUUUAGAAGGAGACGGCGAUACUAACAACAAAGAUGAGGCAGAAUCUAGUGAGGAUUCAUCUGAACCGUUAAUUGGAAAAAAUGGCAAUGUCUUAACGAAGGGUGAAAAUAAAUCGUACUUUAAUGAAGAGAAAGUAAUCGAAGAAAUGGAUUUCAGUAAAUAUAUGCCUCUCAUCGUGCCUGUUCGAUACUUAACUGCACCUGAAGAGUUAAAGAAAUUAAAGCCGAGAAGUGAAAAAUCAGAGAAAGAUAACAGCGUAGCAAAGACGGAAAGUUUAAAGAAAGUUUCGUCUAAAUCAAGGAAACCGAAGAAAGAGAAUUUAAGAACUGCGGCCAGCUUCCCACAAAGACGUACACCGAAAAACCUUCACGAAGAGGGUGAAGAGAAGGGUGCACAAGUAUGGCCACCUCCGUUUGACUUCGUUGUAGAUAGUACCAUUCAUGCGAAUGCUUUUCCAAAAACGUUAAACUCUAGCGGCAAUAUCAAGAUUUCUGACGCUCGUCGAAAACCUCAAGUUUCCAAGAAAAAGAAGGGAAAAAGGCAACAGCAACAGAGAAGAGGAGUAAUAAUCGAUAAUACGACACGGAAACCGUACGAAAAUCCUGAAGAUAUUUAUUACCAGGAUAUUAAAAAAAUUCCUCAAUAUGGAACUGUUCCUGGAGAACAGUUACUGCUUAAUAGACCAGUGGAUUCUGCAGGUGACGCGCACUUUGAAAUUGCAGAAACCAAAUCUGAUCAAAGUCAAACGAAGGAAGUACCAGAUUUCGGGCAAAGUUACAGAUAUAUUUUGAAUAAUAAUUACAGGAACAUGGAACGGCCAAACGCACAUAUAGAGCAUCCUGUGCAACGAAAUCCGCUGUAUACGAACAGAUUCGAAUCUUUAAAGCGCAGUAUUGAGAAACCUGUACUUCCAACGGGACAUUAUUACAGUGAAAUGAUAUAUCCAACGGAAAAUACAGAGCAAAUAAAUUUGAAAAACAGUGGCGUACAGAACAUUGAACUCGUUCCUAAAAACUAUGAGCAAACAACAAUUUAUCCUCGAGGGAACCGGAAUUUUUUUAAUACUGGUAAAAGUGUUUAUGAUUUCGAUCGUGGGACAGGAAACGAAAGAAUGUUUGGAGUUUUUGGCGGUGAUAAAAAGAUUGCGAACAAGGCGUCAAUUGGCUUGACAAUACCGCAGCCAGACGUGUAUGUCGAAAGUUUAACGAAAUUCGCCAGUGAACCGGAAAGCAAAAACGAGAAAGUCCGAGCUACAGAUUAUACGAAUAGUGCUACCACAACGAGAGUGAUGGAGCAAGAACAGAUUAAUCCAAGUGAACCAAUUAGUUAUAUCGAUUAUCCUCGCAUUUUAUAACAUUAUGCAAUUUCCGAAUUGUUUAUACUAGUUGGCAUACUUUUUACAGUUGAGUAAAUCUGAAUUAUUUAACGCAUUAUAUCAACAAACUUCAUUUAAUCUCACAAACAUAUUAAACUGCAACAGUAAAAACUUACAACCAAUGAU